AUGGCCCCUACGAUGAACGGUCGAAGAUGCCAUGCGUACCGCGAAGGCGAACAUGCUCUGCCAAAUAAUGAAGAGGAGCAGGACCAGAUGGAUCUACUUCAUUAUAUCUAUAGCUUAAUCCUUGAUGGCGAAAUCCACGUUGCCCCGAUCAAAAAUGCACAAAGAGUUUUAGAUAUUGGUACGGGGACAGGAAUCUGGGCUAUCGAUUUUGCAGAUCAAUAUGCAUCCUCAGAAGUUAUGGGCAACGAUCUUAGCCCUAUACAGCCAAAAUGGGUCCCUCCAAACUGUCAAUUUGAAAUCGAUGAUUUUGAAUCGGAAUGGUCGUACGCCCAUCCAUUUGAUUACAUCCAUGGUCGAGAGCUUGGCGUUUCUAUACAUGACUUCCCUCGACCAUGCAGACAAGCAUUCUCUCAUCUGCGUCCAGCACCUUAUACAAAACAGGUCGUUUCUCUUUUCCAAGAGGCGAGUGCCAAGUUUGGCAAACCUAUGGACAACUUGGAUACAUGGCCCGCUGCGAUGAAAGAGUCUGGCUUCACAGAUGUAGUCUGCAAGGUUGUGAAAGCGCCUUCGAUACAUAGCGUUCCUGCAUAUACCAAUGUUCUACUAUCCAGGGUUCUGGGUUGGGACAAAACGGAGAUUGGCAUCUUGAAUAUGCACGUGCUGCGGGAGUCGAAGAAUCUGGAAGUGCACCAAUAUGGGAAGCUGUAUCUUAUAUACGGGCGGAAAGCACUGUAG